GCUGCGGCUGUGCUUGGCCUCCCUGACCCAGGAUGUGGGCAUCUUGGGUUCCUGGCUUGUGGCUGCUCAGCCUCUGGGCCACCUGCAACCAUGGCGCAGACACAGGUGAGCCGUGCCCCGCCUCACAGCAGGAAGGACUCAGGCUGGAACACAGGAGCGACUUAUCCGCCAACGUGACUGGCUUCAACCUCAUCCGAAGACUCAGCCUCCUGAAGACAUCUGCCAUCAAGAAGAUCCGAAACCCCAAGGGGCCGCUCAUCCUGCGACUGGGGGCGGCCGCCCUCACCCAGCCCACUCGACGAGUAUUCCCACAAGGCCUCCCCCAGGAGUUUGCCCUGGUCCUGACAAUAUUGCUGAAGAAACACACUCACCACAACACGUGGUAUUUAUUUCAAGUGACUGACGGAGACGGGUACCCACAGAUUUCCCUGGAAGUCAACAGCCAGGAGCGGAGCCUGGAGCUCCGGGCCCGGGGCCAAGACGGGGACUUUGUGUCCUGCAUCUUUCCGGCGCCCCAGCUCUUCGACCUGCGCUGGCACAAGCUGAUGCUGACCGUGGCGGGACGCGUGGCCUCCCUGAACGUGGACUGCUCCUCGGCCUCCUCCCGGCCUCUGGGGCCCCGGCGACCCCUGCGGCCCUCGGGCCAUGUGUUUCUGGGCUUGGAUGCGGAGCAAGGCAAGCCCGUGUCGUUUGACCUUCAGCAGGCACACAUCUACUGUGACCCGGAACUCGUACUGGAAGAGGGCUGCUGUGAGAUUUUACCAGGAGGGUGCCCCCCAGAGACCUCCAAGGCCCGCCGGGACACCCACAGCAAUGAGCUCAUCGAGAUCAAUCCACAGACUGCGGGCAAGGUCUACACCCGCUGCUUUUGCCUGGAGGAGCCGCGAAACAGCAAGGUGGAUGCCCAGCUGACAGGAAGAAUCAGCCAGAAAGCAGAGCAGGGAGCAAAGUGCCCACCCUGUGUCCACGGUGCCGGGGAGAGCAAUGUCACAAUUGGUCCCUCUGGCCCCAAGGGAGGGAAAGGCGAGCGGGGUGUGCCCGGCCCAUCAGGCCCCAAGGGAGAGAAGGGAGCCCGGGGCAGCGACUGUGUCCGCAUCUCCCCAGACGCCCCACUUCAGUGUGCAGAAGGCCCGAAGGGAGAGAAGGGGGAGUCAGGAGCCUCGGGGCCGUCAGGACUCCCAGGCUCCACCGGCCAGAAGGGCCAGAAAGGCGAGAGGGGAGAAGGAGGCAUCACGGGCUCGCCAGGAAAGCCAGGCCGAGAUGGACGGCCAGGAGAGAUCUGUGUUAUGGGACCCAAAGGGCAGAAGGGUGACCCUGGCUUUGUUGGGCCCGAGGGACUGGCAGGAGAGCCUGGGCCCCCCGGCCCUCCUGGGCUCCCUGGGAUUGGGCUGCCUGGGACCCCGGGAGAUCCAGGUGGCCCACCAGGCCCUAAGGGAGCCAAGGGCAGUUCUGGGAUGCCGGGAAAGGAAGGUCCUGGCGGGAAACCGGGCAAGCCCGGCGUGCCAGGGCUGAAAGGCGAGAAGGGUGACCCCUGUGAAGUGUGUCCGACACUGCCUGAGGGGUUCCAGAACUUGCUGGGGCUCCCUGGAAAGCCAGGGCCCAAGGGGGAGCCUGGUGAUCCUGCACCAGCCAGGGAGGGCCUGGGAGCUGUUGGACCAAAAGGUGAUCGGGGGGACCCUGGCAUUCAAGGCCUCAAAGGAGAGAAGGGGGAGUCCUGCUUGUCCUGCAGACCCGUUGGGGAGGCUCACGGGCUCUCUACAGUCGGCCCGCCUGCCUUGGGUCUGCCUGGCCUUCCGGGGAGAACCGGGGCUCCAGGGCUGAAAGGCGAGAAGGGUACCCUCGGGGAGGCGGGGCCAGUUGGAAGUCCGGGACUGCCAGGGCCAGUGGGACCAGCAGGCAUCAAAGGGGAGAAGGGGGAGUCUUGUGAGCCCUGUCUAGCCCUGCCCAUGUCUCAGGACGGGGAUGGCCGCUUGGUGGCCUUGCCUGGCCCUCCCGGGCAGAAGGGAGAGCCUGGGCCUCCAGGUUUCGGCCUGCCAGGAAAACAGGGCAAGGCUGGAGAGCGUGGACUGAAGGGGCAGAAGGGUGACGCCGGCAAUCCCGGAGAUCCUGGAACACCAGGCACCGUGGGGCAGCCGGGACUGUCGGGCGAGCCUGGGGUUCGGGGCCCUGUGGGGCCAAAAGGAGAAAAGGGCGAUGGCUGCACUGCCUGCCCCAGCCUGCAGGGGGCGCCAGCCGACAUGGUGGGAUUGCCUGGGAAGCCUGGCCCCAAAGGAGAGCCUGGUCCUGAAGGUGUGGGCCGGCCUGGUAAACACGGUCAGCCAGGGCUACCGGGAGUUCAAGGGCCCCCAGGACUGAAGGGUGUACAGGGAGAGCCUGGACCUCCAGGAACGGGAGUCCAGGGCCCCCAGGGAGAGCCUGGGGCCCCGGGUUUGCCUGGCACCCAGGGGCUUCUGGGACCUCGAGGACCGCCUGGCCCCACUGGAGAGAAGGGUGCCAAGGGAUCUUCAGGUGUGAAAGGAGCCAUUGGACCUAUGGGGCCUGCUGGUGUCUCUGGGCCUCCGGGUGCUGACGGGCAGCAAGGACAGGCCGGACUUCCAGGAGCCAGAGGGAUGCCAGGUGAAAAGGGAGCCCAGGGGGAGAAGGGCGAGCCAGGGGAGUGCUCCUGCCCCUCUCGAGGAGACCCAGUCUUCUCUGGCAUGCCGGGUGCUCCGGGACUUUGGAUGGCCAGCUCCUGGCAGCCAGGCCCGCAGGGUCCCCCCGGUGUUCCUGGACCACCAGGCCCCCCCGGAAUGCCGGGGCUGCAGGGCGUGCCUGGGAACAACGGUCUGCCCGGUCAGCCUGGGCUGGAGGUGGGAUCCUUACCGAUUGAAAGGCAUCUGCUUCAGGCCAUCUGCGGGGACUGCGCCCAAGAGCAGACAGCCCACCCAGUCGCCCUCCUAGAAAAAGGACAGAAAGGCGACCAGGGCAUCCCCGGUGUGCCAGGCUUUGACAACUGCGCCGGGUGCUUCACCGAGCGGGAGCGCCCCAGAGCGGAGGAGUCCCGGGGUGACAACAGUGAAGGAGAUCCAGGCUGUCCAGGAAGCCCCGGCCUGCCAGGUCCUCCGGGAUUUCCUGGCCAGAGAGGAGAAAUGGGCCCACCUGGCAUGAGGGGUUCCCCGGGUCCUCCAGGUCCCAUCGGCCCCCCAGGUUUUCCUGGUGCCGUUGGCUCCCCCGGAUUGCCUGGUCUUCAAGGAGAGCGAGGCCUCAGGGGCCUGACAGGAGAGAAAGGAGAGCAGGGCCCGCCUGGACAGCCUGGUUACCCAGGUACCAUGGGCCCCCCAGGACUGCCUGGCAUCAAGGGGGAGCGUGGCUACAGCGGGCCCUCUGGAGAGAAGGGAGAGUCGGGCCCACCAGGAUCCGAAGGCCUCCCAGGUUCUCCAGGGCCAGCGGGUCCCCGAGGAGAGCGAGGACCCCAAGGGAACUCGGGUGAGAAGGGCGACCAGGGAUUCCAAGGCCAGCCAGGCUUCCCAGGACCCCCGGGUCCCCCUGGAUUCCCAGGCAAAGUUGGAGCACCUGGCCCCCCUGGCCCCCAAGCAGAGAAGGGCAGUGAAGGAAUUCGAGGCCCAUCAGGCCUGCCUGGUCCCCCUGGACCACCAGGACCUCCAGGGAUCCAGGGCCCAGCUGGCCUGGAAGGUCUGGAUGGGAAGGACGGCAAGCCUGGCAUGAGGGGGGACCCCGGUCCCGCUGGCCCCCCCGGACUCAUGGGACCCCCGGGCUUCAAGGGCAAAACAGGACAUCCUGGCCUCCCAGGACCUAAGGGUGACUGUGGAAAGCCAGGCCCACCUGGCAGCAGCGGCCGACCAGGAGCAGAGGGCGAGCCUGGUGCCAUGGGGCCCCAGGGAAGACCCGGCCCCCCUGGCCACGUUGGGCCACCGGGACCUCCGGGCCAGCCGGGCCCAGCUGGGAUCUCUGCUGUGGGCUUGAAAGGAGACCGGGGAGCCACUGGAGAGAGGGGCCUUUUAGGCCUUCCAGGCCAGCCUGGCCCACCUGGACACCCUGGCCCCCCGGGUGAGCCUGGAGCCGACGGCGCAGCUGGCAAAGAGGGACCUCCUGGCAAACAGGGACUCUAUGGGCCGCCUGGCCCAAAGGGCGAUCCGGGGCCUUCAGGACAGAAGGGCCAAGCAGGAGAGAAGGGCAGAGCUGGCAGUCCUGGCGGGCCUGGCAAGAGUGGCUCCAUGGGGCCCAUUGGGCUACCAGGCCCUGCAGGAGAGAGAGGCCACCCUGGAUCUCCAGGCCCUGCAGGGAGCCCUGGGUUGCCCGGGGUGCCUGGCUCCAUGGGAGACAUGGUGAAUUAUGAUGAAAUCAAGAGGUUCAUCAGACAAGAGAUCAUUAAAAUGUUUGAUGAGAGGAUGGCUUACUACACCUCCAGAAUGCAGUUCCCGGUGGAAAUGGCGGCAUCUCCUGGGCGACCAGGGCCCCCAGGAAAGGAUGGUGCUCCCGGCCGGCCAGGCACCCCGGGGUCACCCGGACUCCCUGGUCAAAUUGGCAGAGAAGGACGGCAGGGCUUGCCGGGAAUGAGAGGAUUGCCUGGUACCAAAGGUGAAAAGGGGGACACUGGUGUUGGCAUUGCAGGAGAAAAUGGUCUCCCUGGUCCCCCAGGUCCCCAGGGCCCUCCAGGGUAUGGCAAGAUGGGCGCAACUGGGCCGAUGGGCCAGCAAGGCAUCCCUGGCAUCCCUGGCCCCCCCGGCCCCAUGGGCCAGCCGGGCAAGGCUGGCCACUGUAGCCCCUCUGACUGCUUUGGGGCCGUGCCGAUGGAGCAGCAGUACCCACCCAUGAAAAGCAUGAAGGGGCCUUUUGGCUGAAAUCACCGUCUCCCCUCGAUGAAGGACCCCGUUGGGAACACAUGGCCAAAACGUAUAGGACUCUGUGAUGGGUUGUGAAUGUUUUGAUUUUUUUAAUUGCUGUUAAUAUUUUUUUAUUGAUAAAUAAACAAACAAAACUACCUGCAAUCCCACUUCUAGUGGGGUUUCUCUGGUGCUGCAGCUGCAUCUCUGUCACCCUGCUUUUGUCUUUUGGUCCUUGAGUCAAAACAAACAAACAAAAACAGGCAUUUCCUUCACUGUCUGUGAUCAACUGCUGCAGUUAAGGGAUGUUGCUCUACAGGGGUCCCUAACUCAGCUUGCCUUUCCAGAUGCUUCUGGGUCAUC